UAGGGUUUGGUUCAGCAGCAGCUCGUCCCUUCUUCAGCUUGCCCAGCCAAUCACUUUCCUCGGGUGAUACCACAGAGUGAACCUCUCGAGUGUCAACGUCAACGCUUGAAGAACUUCUCCAACAUGGCUGCCGCCGCCGGACCCAACCAGGUCGACAUGGCCAUGAGCCACGAUCCCAAGGUUGCUACGCCUUUGUACGAGGUGAACGAGAAGCAGGCAUUCGCUGCUGAGAAGCGUGGGUCGUCGGCUACCAGCCACGAUCUGGCUGCCCCUCCUGUUGAGUUCGAGGCCGAUCUCAUCGGCGAGACACCGACCGAGGAGGAGCUGAGGACACUGCGUCGUGUCUCUGGCAAGAUCCCGUGGCAGAUCUUCACCAUCGCGUUCGUCGAGCUGUGCGAGCGUUUCGGUUACUACGGUUGCCAGGUGCUGUACACCAACUUCGUCCAGCAGGACCUGCCCAUCAUUGAUGGUGUUGUCCAGACCACUGGCAAGGAUCCUCGUUCCAACGGUCAGCCCGGUGGUCUCGGUAUGGGCCAGCGUGCCUCGUUCGGUAUUGGUACCUUCAACUCCUUCUGGGCUUACACAACCCCCAUCAUCGGUGCCAUCAUCGCCGACGAGUACCUCGGUCGCUUCAACACCAUCUUCAUUGCCAUUGCCUUCUCCAUCAUCGGUCACAUCCUGCUCAUCGUCUCGGCUAUUCCCAGUGUCCUCACCAGCGGCAAUGCUAUCGCUCCAUUCAUCCUUGGUGUGAUCGUUCUUGGAUUCGGAACUGGUGCUUUCAAGGCCAACAUCUCGCCUCUCAUCGCUGAGCAGUACAAGCAGACCAAGCCUCGUGUGAUCAUCGACGAGAAGACUGGCGAGCGAGUUAUCUCGGACCCCAACAUUACCAUCUCGCGUAUCUUCUUGUACUUCUACAUGUUCAUCAACAUCGGUUCCCUGACUGGUCAGAUCUCCAUGGUCUACGUUGAGAAGUAUGUCGGUUUCUGGUGCGCGUGGCUUCUGCCUACAAUCAUGUUCUGCGGUUGCCCCAUCGUCCUCUGGGUGUGCCGCAAUAAGUACCACAGGAGCCCCCCUACCGGCUCCGUGCUCAUUCGCGCCUUCAAGCUUCUUAGUCUCGCUACAAAGGGCAAGUGGUCCGCCAACCCUGUUGCCACGCGCAAGGCUUUCAAGAGCGACCGCUUCUGGGAGGAUGUCAAGCCCAGCCACCUCGGUGACAGCAAGCCCAGCUGGAUGCAGUUCGAUGACGCCUGGGUCGACCAGGUUGCUCGUGGUCUGCGCGCUUGCUCAUGCUUCACCUGGAUUCCCCUCUACUGGCUGUCAUACAACCAGAUGAACAACAACCUGACUUCGCAAGCCGCCACCAUGACCCGUAACGGAGUCCCCAACGAUAUCAUCACCAACCUCAACCCCAUCUCUCUGGUCAUCUUCAUUCCCCUUGUCGAUAAAUUCCUGUACCCUGGUCUUCGCAAGGCUGGCAUCCGCUUCACACCCAUCAAGCGUAUUGCGUUUGGUUUCCUGCUUGCCUCGUUGGCCAUGGUGUCUGCGACCGUGAUCCAGUACUACGUCUACAAGACCGGCCCCUGCGGCAAGUACGCCAACACCUGCGACGAGGAGCUUGGCCCUGCGCCUAUCAACGUGUGGACACAGGCCGUGCCGUACGUGCUCGUCGGUUUCUCCGAGAUCUUCACCUCAAUCACUGGUCUUGAGUUUGCUUUCACCAAGGCGCCCAAGAACAUGCGUUCCCUCGUUACUUCCUACUGGCACUUCAUGUCUGCGUUCUCCAACGCCAUCGGCCAGGCUCUUGUCAGUCUGUCCGAGGACCCGCUGCUGGUAUGGAACUACGGUGUCGUCGCUAUCUUGGCUCUGCUCGGUGGAAUCUUGUUCUGGUUCCACCAGCGCUCCACUGAUGCCCAGGAGGAUGCCCUCAACAUGUUGCCCGACUCCAACUACGUUGGCAAGGAGACUGCUGAGAACGACCGCGCCGCAUAAACGCGCGAGUUGCCUUCAAAAUUGCGUCGGAAGGGGAGGACGGAUAUGAUUUGUAAUGCUGUGAAUGCGUCAUGCUGGGUAUGGAGAAGAUUUCGAUGAUACCUAUUUAUUUUGGUAGUUGGCUAUUUAAUGCACGAGCCGAUACUCUCGCUUCAUCAAUACCUUGCCUCUUGCUGUGCUUCUGUAUGCUGAUCGUGUGCGAACGUCGCAGGCUCACAAGCCACCCUCCGCCAGCCUAUCGCGAUUGUUAUG